UUGAUUUGGAAGAGAUUGGAUUGUAAUCACUAUCCAACACAGUCCCAAUUGUCUAGCGAAACACGAUCCAAAUUGUGAAGAUUUAAAGAGUCAUAGAUGACUGAAAUUGAAGGCGUAGGAAGUACACAAAUCACAAUCAAACCGGCCUCUCCAUACGCCAAUGGCAUGUGCAGUCAUUGUGAAUUGAAAAGAGAUCCAAAGGAGUUUUAAAGGUUUCAACAAAGAAAGAAAAAGAAAGAAAGAGAUGGCAUUCGUGAUUUGAAUUGCCAGAUUCAUAGUUUCAUGCCAGUAAUUCUGAUACAUCUCUACACACACACACACACACAUGUAUUGAGUCUGAUUGCACAGAUUCAGAAACCAAUUUUCAGCUAAAUCUCCAAGAAUUUCCAAAACAUGGCCGCCAAUGCGUAUAGAGAUACGAAUGUCAAACCUUCGCUGCAAUCUCAGAUCGGACCUGAUGGUAUCGCAAGAGAAGCCCCUGUCAUCGCCUACACCGAGAAGAUAAUUUUGGAAGAGCAACUUCAAUUGAGGAAAUAUAUUGACGAAAAUUAUUCAAAAAUCCGGGAUGUUGAACGAGAGCUGGCAAAUCUUAAUAUGGAGAUGAAACUUACAGCUGGGCCGAAGAAAGCAGCACUUGAACAUAUGAAAAAGAAAAUAGAAAUGUCAACUGAGAAAAUUCGUGAUGCCAAGCUGAAGGAAGAACAAGCUCGAAAGGCAUGGGAAGCAGCAUCGAAGGCUGUAAAGGAUGAGGAAGCAAUUAAGCAGAAGCUUUGUGAAGACUUGAACAAUUUGGUCCAAGAAAGCAGCAACAGUCAGUUUGCUAGACUGGAAGAGCUAAAAAGGCGGUUAACAGCACUAAACCCAAGCAGAUCAUCCACCUCUGCCCCAUACGAUGGGAAUCCAAUGGGACCUACACAGAGUAGCACAACUCGAGAUGCAUCCUCAACUCCUAGUUCAUUGGAUCCAGCUGGAAACACAUCCGCUCCAGUAAAUGGUGCAGCUGUUCCAAUUAUGAAUGGCAGCAGUCAACAAUCUUCUGGUGAUGGUGAGGGGAGAGGGAAGAAGAUAAUUUUGAUCCAAGGCCGGGGGAAGGGAAUUGGAGCAGUACCUAAAGGUAGAGGAUCUGUAGCACCUGGUUGGACUGGAGCUGGGUUUGAUGUUGAUGGUAGAUCUUGAGAGUAUCACUUCGGAAUCUCUCCACCGGAUGAAAUUAUGGGAGGUGAUACUUACGCUCUCCACCAGGUAUAUUGUUUAUUCCAUCAUUUCUUCAAUAUUCAUUCAAUUGAUGCAUCCACAUGUACUAAUUCUAAUUAUAUAUACGAAGUUUAUACAAAAUUUGGCAGUUUGACAGUCGACAUUUCUGAGUGCUCAUGACUGUUUCGGUCUGUUGAAAAUGUCAUAUUGCUUUCACUCAAUGAAGAAAUUGUUCAUUGUGGACUUGUUUUGGUUUGUUCAUUAUGAACUUUGGUUGAUGAUUCAGUAUGCAUGGACAAAGCUAUUUCAUGUACCAAUUUGAAAUUGGAAACCAUCAUAUUCAGGCUCCUAUACCUGAAUCAUGAUAGUUUUCACCCAUUCUCAAUACCUUUU